AGGUCGAUGAAAAGAAUCCGGUUGGCCUGCAAGCCAUGCAAGGACGCGAGGCACAAGUGCGACAACUUCCAGCCAUGCGCAAGAUGCACUCGGCUGAACAUCGGAGAGAGCUGCAUCAGGGCGAUGGAGGAGAAGGAGGAGAGGAGGAGAGGUUUCAACUCGUGUAUCACGUGCAAGAUCGCGAAAGCAAGAUGCGACGAGGGUCGCCCAUGCGCGCGUUGCAAGCGUCUUGGGCGGGAAUCGAGAUGUGCAUAUAGGGAGCUGCAGCCCAUUCAAUCACACAGGCUGGAUGAAAAGGAGCAAGAGGAAGGAGCAAGCGAGGAGCAAGAAAUGGUGAUGGCGAGGAAUAAGACGAAGUGGAAGGCUAUGCAGUCUGAGUAUGAAACCAUCGCAGAAGGGCAGGAGCAGGAGAUCCAAGACAUCUACCAGCUCUCUCUCCCUCCUGACCAUCUCGCCUGCUUGCAAGAGCUGCAGGUAGAGAGGCCGCUCGACUUCUGGAUCCGCAGCCUCUCCUUCAACACGCCGUCCCUGCUGCGUGAGCAUAUGAACUCCAUGGGCUGGCCGGACCGAGUGCUGGCCCGACAUUGGGAGUUCGGCUUCAGCUCCAAGGAGCUGGUGAACAUUUUCGUCUCGCUUCCUCCUUACCUGCAGCAGGUGACGCGACGAGCGCUGCAUGCGAUCGAGAUCAUUAUGGCGGACAAGAUGGAGAAGGAAGCUCGGGCUCCGCAAGUGCAGCUGCUGAUGGAG